AAAUAAUAUUUUCAAUGUAAUAAUAGGAUAGUAAGUUUGAUGAGAAUUUAUACUCAAGAUAAGUAGCUGUAUUGGGAGCAGAGACAUAAUCAAAAUUGAUUUAAAUGAAAUGUUUUAUUCAUGGUUUAAGAGGGGUAAUAAGAUAUAUUAUGGCAAGUUGGGAUUAGAGAUAGCAAAGAAUUUGAUAUUGGCAGGACCAAAAUCUGUAACUGUAUAUGAUCCAACAGUAUUAGCAGUAUCAGAUUUGGGAUCAAAUUUUUAUGCUUCACUUGAUUAAGUAGGAAAAGUAACAAGAUAAGAUGCAGCAAUAAAAUAAUUGAAAGAAUUAAAUCCAUAUGUGAAUGUAGAAAUAUAUUCUGGUUAAUUAAAUGGUGUUAGUUUGAGUGAAUAUUCAGUUGUGGUUUUGACAGAUGUUUGGGAUUAGAAAUUUAUAACAGAAGUAAAUGAAGCAGUGAGAUAAAAAGGACAUGGAUUUAUUUUAGCUCAUUCAUCAGGAUUAUUUGGAUCAACAUUUGUAGAUUACUCAGAUGUAAAAUGUUUGAUGAUAUUCAUAAUAGAAAUUUUAAAUAUUUGAUCCAAAUGGUGAAGAACCAAAAUAAGCAAUAGUAGCAGGAAUAACAAAAGAAGUUGAAGGAAUAGUAAGUACAAUUGAAGAAAAAAGACAUGGAUUUUAAGAUGGAGAUAGCAUUACAUUCAAAGAAGUAGUUGGAAUGACAGAAGUAAAUGAUAAGAUAUUUUAAAUAAAAGUAUUAUUAUUAUAUAUAUAAAAAUAGGUUAAAUCACCUUAUAUGUUUAGUAUUGGAGAUACAACUAAGUUUUCAUAAUAUUUAAGAGAAGGAAUAGCUGUUUAAGUAAAAGUGCCUUAAGAUAUUUAAUUUAAAUCUUUUAAUUCUUCAUUGAGUCAUCCAUUUGCUCCAGAAAAGAAUGAAUUAGAUUUGAUGGAUUGGGAAAAGAUUGGAAGACCAGAAUAAUUACAUAUAUCGUAUAAUGCAUUAUUAUAAUUCAUAUAAUAAAAUGGAAGAUAACCAGGUUUAUUAAAUUAAGAUGAUGCUUAAAAAGUAUGGGAAUUAGCAUAAUAAAUAAAUUUAUCAGAUAGAGGAUAAGGAGCUAUUAAAGCUGAAUUAGAUGAGUAAUUAAUAAAAAAUACAUCCUUAUAUUUCUCAACAUAAAUUACCCCUUUAACUUCAUUCUGGGGUGGAAUUGUAGCAUAAGAAGUUGUUAAAUAUACAGGUAAAUUUACACCAAUUAGAUAAUGGUUACAUAGUGAAUUCUUUGAAGCUUUACCUGAAACUGAAGUGAAUAGAACAUUAUAAAAUAGUUAAUAUGACGAUUAUAUUGCAAUCUUUGGAAGAGAGGCUUUAUAAUAAUUAUAAAAUUCUAAAAUAUUUAUGGUUGGAGCAGGUGCACUUGGAUGUGAAUAUAUUAAAAUGUUUGCAUUAAUGGGAUGUGGAAGUGGAACUUAAGGUUUAGUGACUGUUACAGAUGAUGAUAAUAUAGAAGUUUCUAAUUUAAAUAGAUAAUUCUUAUUUAGAAAAAAUAAUGUUGGAUCUAAUAAAGCUGCUACUGCAUGCAAGGUUGGUGAAUUAAUGAAUAAAACAUCAAGAUUUAAAUCAUAUGCACUUAGAGUUGGUAAAUAAAAUGAACCAAUCUUUAAUGAUUAAUUUUGGGAUGGAUUAGAUAUCACAAUUAAUGCAGUUGAUAAUGUUCAUGCUAGAAAAUAUAUUGAUUCAUAAUGUUGCUAUUAUGGUAAACCAUUAUUUGAAAGUGGAACUCUUGGAACUAAAUGUAAUUCUUAAUUGAUUCUUCCAAAUUAAACAUAAUCUUAUAGUGAAUCUUAGGAUCCACCUGAAGAUACUAUCCCAUUAUGCACAUUAAAGAAUUUCCCUUAUUAAAUUGAACAUACUAUUUAAUGGGCUAGAGAUUAUUUUGCUGGAUUCUUCGAAGAUGGAUCUUAAGAUUGUAUUAAAUAUUUACAAAAUCCGGUCAAUUAUCUGACUAAAAUUUUAGCUGAACUUAAAGCUUAACCAGGAGUAUUAAGACCAAAAUUAGAAUCAGUUAAAAAAUUUGCUGAAGUUGCUAAAUAACCAACUUUAUAAGCAAUAGUAGGUUUAGCUAAGAAUAUGUUCUAAGAUAUUUUUUGUAACCAAAUAAAAUAAUUGCUAUACUGUUUCCCACCUGAUCAUAGAACAUCAGAAGGAUAAUUAUUUUGGACAAAUCCUAAAAGACCACCUAGUCCAAUUGAAUUUGAUCAAAAUGAUCCACUCCACCAAUUAUUUAUUCAUAGUGCUGUUAAUAUUUUUUCUUAAAUAUUUGGAUUACCAAAAUAAGAUGGAUUUGAUGAGAUUGCAAAAAUCUUACCUACAAUAUCACUAUAAUAAUAUGUACCAAAAUAAAUACAAAUAAAAGAGAAUGAAAAAGAUUAAAAGGAAGAGAAAUCAGAAGAUGAUGAAACAUAAAUUUAAGCACUUGCUAGAGAAUUAGAAAAGUUAACUCUCGAAAAUAAAGAUGUUACAAAAUAAUUAUAGGAAUGUGCUUUUGAAAAGGAUGAUCCAACAAAUUGGCAUAUUGAAUUUUUAUCUGCAGUUUCAAAUCUUAGAGCAAGAAAUUAUAAAAUACCAGAAGUCGCACCAUUUUAAGUAAAAUUAAUAGCAGGUAAGAUUAUUCCUGCCUUAGCUACUACAACUGCAAUGAUUGUUGGUGCAGUUGGAUUAGAAAUCUUAAAAUAUAUCCUAAAGAAAAAUGUUGCUAAAAUGAGAAAUUCAUUUAUUAAUUUGGCUCUACCACUUUUUUUGUUUUCAGAACCAUUACCACCUGGAGAACAUUUAGAUUAAGAAUAUAAUGUAUUGUUAUUAGGACCAACAAAAGCAGUACCACCAAGUAAAAUAUUUGAUUUAUUUUUUAGAAUGGACAGCUUGGGAUAGAGUAACUAUCAAUUAAUAGAUGACACUUGGAUAAUUCAUAAAGUACUUUAAAGAAAAGUAUGAUGUUGAUGUCUCAUCUAUUACAGUAGAUUAAUAUAUGGUUUUCUCCAAUUAUCCAGCACCAUCAUAAGAAACGUAAAAUAUAUAUUCUAUUAUUAUUUUAGUCUUAAUAGAGAUCUAGGUGAUUUAUAUGCUGAAAAAACAAAUCAAAAACUUCCUGCUCACAGAAUUUAUUUAGACCUUACAGUUGGUGGAGAAUUAAUUGUUAACGGAUGUGAAGUUAAUGCUGAUAUUGCCCCUGUUAAAUAUCAAUAUAAAAAAUGAGUUAUUCAAUAAAAUAAUAAAAUUAAUAUUUAACAG